UGACUGUGACGUGUGUGAGUGUGUGUCAAUGUGUGUAUUCCCUUAUUUUGUUGAUACUGAAAAUAGAUAAAAUAAGUGUAGGAAAACAAUAUUUAUGUUUUGUAUUGUGCUAAAAGUGAAAAAAUAACUUGGAUGCUCAACAAGUCAAACUUUAAAGCGUGUAGUUUCAUAAAUUAUGUUGCCUUAAAAUCAUAUUUCCCUUUGUCUUCUAUUCCCAUAAUUCUGUCGAAGUUUAUUUUGAGAUUUCCUACUAAAUGUUCACCUAUUUUUCGAGCGGUUAUUGCCCUCGGUCGUUCUUUUAUGAUCCCACUGUUUUAUCCAAGGAUUAUAUGUAUUUGCUACAGAAAUGCAGCACCCUAAUAAGAUAAUAACAGAACAGCUGAGAAACCCAAGUGAACUGGAUAUAAAUUUAAAAAUGGAGUUUGGACCUUUUGAACCUGUCCACAAAUGGAAACGCUUGUCCGAGUGCUAUGAAUUUGUUGGUGCGAGGAGAAGUAAACACACGGCCGUGGCGUACAAAGACGCCAUCUAUGUGUUUGGUGGAGACAACGGCAAGUCCAUGCUGAACGACCUGAUCCGGUUUGACAUCAAGGAGAAGUCGUGGACGCGGACCGGCUGCAUGGGCACCCCGCCCGCGCCGCGGUAUCACCAUUCUGCUGUGGUAUACAAGUCGUCGAUGUUCGUGUUCGGCGGCUACACGGGCGACAUCCUCGCCAACUCGAACCUCACCAACAAGAACGACCUGUUCGAGUACAAGUUCCACAGCGCGCAGUGGGUGCAGUGGAAGUUCACUGGACAAGAGCCGGUGCCUCGCUCGGCGCACGGCGCGGCGGUGUACGACGACAAGCUGUGGAUCUUCGCCGGGUACGACGGCAACGCGCGCCUCAACGACAUGUGGACUGUCAACCUCACUGGAGAAAAAGUGGUAUCCUGGGAGAAAGUCCCAGCCCAAGGCCGAAGCCCGCCGACAUGUUGCAACUUCCCGGUGGCGGUCGCGCGCGGCAGCAUGUUCGUGUUCAGCGGGCAGAGCGGCGCCAAGAUCACCAACGCACUGUUCCACUUCCACUUUGAGAGCAGGACAUGGACCCGCGUGUGCACGGAGCACCUGCUGCGCUGCGCGGGCCCGGCGCCGGCGCGGCGCUACGGACACGUGAUGCUGGCUCACGGGCGACAUCUGUACGUGUUUGGAGGCGCCGCCGACAAUACGUUGCCUAACGAUCUGCACUGCUAUGAUCUUGAUACUCAGAUGUGGUCGGUGGUGCAGCCGGCCCCCGAGUCGUGCGUGCCGGUGGGACGCCUCUUCCACGCGGGGGCCGUGGUGGGGGACGCCAUGUACAUAUUCGGGGGGACUGUGGAUAAUAAUGUGCGGAGUGGCGAGCUGUUCCGGUUUCAGUUAUCAGACUACCCGCGCUGCACGCUGCACGACGACUUCGGCGGCAUCCUGCGCUCGCAGCAGUUCUGUGACGUCACGCUGCUGCUGGGCAGUGCGGAGGCGCCCGCGCCCGCGCACCAGGCGCUGCUGGCCGCCCGCUCGCACUACCUGCGGGACAAGAUACUAGAAGCCCGAGAAGAGCAAGCAAAGCGCAUAGCCUCAGGUGAAGAGACCCCCCAGCCGUACUGCGCCGGCGCGCCGCCCUCCAUCGUGGUCAAACUGCCUGAAGCCACGCCGGAGGCUUUCAAGAUGGUGCUCAACUAUAUUUAUACGGAUAGGAUCGAUCCUACUGAGAAAGACGAGAACCCCGCCUCGCCAGCCACAGUUCUACUAGUCAUGGAGGUGCUACGCCUCGCGCUCAGGUUGAAUAUUCCGAGGCUGCGUUGUCUAUGCGCCAGGUUCCUCAAGGCUAAUCUGUGUUACAGCAAUGUGUUGCCAGCCUUACACGCGGCGCAUCAUGCACAGUUGCAUUGUAUAAAGGAGUACUGUUUAAGAUUCGUGGUAAAAGACUACAACUUCACGCCCAUCGUGAUGUCGGCGGAGUUCGAGAACAUGGAGCGCGGGCUGAUGGUGGAGCUGAUCCGCCGCCGCCAGCAGCCGCCGCCCAAGCACCCGCCCCACGACCCCGACGUCGAGAUACAAGGUACAACCCUGGAGCAAGACAUGGCGGUGCUAGCCAGCAGCCUGGGCGGUGACGCCACGGGCGUGGGCGCGCUGAGUGACGUCACGCUGUGCGUGGGCGGGGCGCGGCGGGCGGCUCACCGCUCCGUGCUGGCAGCCAGGGCAACGUACUUCGAGGCCAUGUUCAGGUCGUUCUCGCCGCCGGAUAAUAUUGUUAAUAUACAAAUCUGCGACACGGUGCCCUCCGAGGAGGCGUUCGACUCGCUGCUGCGGUACAUCUACUACGGGGACACCAACAUGCCCACUGAAGACUCGCUCUACUUGUUCCAGGCUCCUAUUUAUUAUGGCUUCACCAACAACCGGCUGCAAGUGUUCUGCGCGCACAACCUGCAGAGCAACGUGUCGGCCGAGAACGUGCUCGCGAUCUUCGAGGCGGCGGACCGCAUGCGCGCGCCCGACAUCAAGCAGUACGCGCUCGAGAUGAUCGUGCACAACUUCGCGCAGGUGGCGCGGCAAGAGGCGAUGCGUCACCUCGCGCAGCCUCUCCUAGUCGACAUCGUGACGUCACUAGCCGACGAGGCGCGCUACGAGUCGCCCCUGCCCCUCGCGCCGCGCGCCCUCCCCCCCUCCGCCUCCGCCGACGCCCUGGCUGAUGAAGACAGGAGGGGGAAGACCUAGAGACGCGCCCCGCGCCGCCGCCGCUGCGCACGGACUGUCUCUAACUAGCUAGGGAUGGACUAUAUCCCAUUCCACGGGGAAAGACAUCUAUUACAAACAAAAACUGAAUGUAAAAAGGUUUCUGCCAGAUGUCUUUCCCCAUGGAAUGGAUAUAAAAGGUGUAAUGUGGGUGGCCGGCGCAAGGACUGGUUGUUGAAAGUCUGUGGUGGGAUUGCGUAAGCCUCAACAAGGACAAGCCUUUUUAACUUUUGAUGGCUUAUGCUAUGAAGGCUGUUCAAAUUCAGAUGUAACUAAUUUGUUACUGUAAAAUGACACAGAUAAGAUGAUAAGUGCAAUGUGAAUCUAUCAUGUGAAAUGAACAUGUUUUUGACUGAAGUAUGUAUACAUGUACAAGUAAUUGAUCAAGAAAAGGUGCAAUAUGUGACUAAUUAGAACCUUCCCUAAUUUAGUAUUCAAGUCAAUGUGCUGAAGGGAAUUCUUAUGACUGCAUUUAUGUAUGUGGGUUUUAUAAUAGAGAGAAUUAUGCAUAUGUGAAUAUCCCGUAUGAUAAACACAUACUAUUGUUGAUUUAUGUUUAUGACAGAGUCUACUUGUUUAGGAUCAGUAUUAUAAUUGAAUGUUUUAGAUUAUACUAGUCAUAGAAAUAUUAAUAUUAAGCUUGUAUUGGAUUGUAAAUAAAAUUAAACACCAAUGUAAACUGAAGAUAAUUUAAUCAUUUUAAUAAUUAUACUAAUUUAAAUAAU